AUGGAAAUGGUGAGGAAAUGUGACAAGUGCCAGAGGUUUGCAACAUUAAUUCACCGACCCGCCAACAGCCUUUCGGCCAUCAGUAGUCCGCUCCCCUUUGCCAAAUGGGGGGUGGACAUCUUAGGUCCAUACACACCAGCGUCCGGCCAGAGGCGGUAUGUGUUUGUAGCGGUUGACUACUUCACAAAAUGGGUAGAGGCCGAGGCCGUCCGAGGCAUCAAGUGGACAGAUGUUACAGCCUUCAUAUGGAAGAGUAUCAUCACGCGUUUUGGCGUUCCCCAGUCUAUGGUGUUUGACAAUGGACCUCAGUUUGAAACGCCUCAACUCAAAAAAUGGUUAGAAGACCAAGGCACAACUCAUUGCUUUGCUUCGGUCGGCCGCCCACAAGCGAAUGGUCAGGUAGAGGCAUACAACAAAUUGAUCUCCAAUGGAAUUAAGCGCAAGCUAGAAAAAGCAGGUGGCUUGUGGGAUGACGAGUUGAUUAAUGUGCUGUGGUCCAUACGAACCACGGCCAAAAGUUCCACAGGAGAAACUCCCUUCUUCCUAGUAUAUGGUGCUGAGGCGGUCCUUCCCAUUGAAAUGUAUGAGCCCACUCUUAGGGUGAUGCUAUAUGAUGAAGCGGCCAAUUGGGAAGCCAUGAAGACCGCUCUAGACUUCCUUCCUGAAGCUAAGGGCAAUGCGGCGCUUAGGCAUGAAAUCUAUCGUGUUCAGAUGACCAGGAAGAUGGAAGCGGUCGGGCGAGCAAAUGAGGAUGGCAAGCUGACCCCAAAUUGGGAAGGGCCUUAUCGAGUCAGGGAAGAGGUCAGAGAUGGGACUUACCGUCUUGAAUCCACGAACGGCCGACCCAUCCCGCGUACAUGGAACACCGACAAUCUGAAGAAAUAUUAUGUUUAA